AUGAACAGAGAUUUGCUUACUAAGAAAAAUGCUGAAAGGAUUGGUGCUAGUCUUGGGAAAGUGGUGGAAGUUCAGAAUCCAGUGGAAGAUGGUGGUCUUGUAAUAGGAUUUCUGAGGUGCAGGGUUGAGAUUGAUCUGGCCGAUCCUCUUAAGGACGGUUUCUGGGUUCCGUGCUCAAAUGGAGAUCGAAGAUGGGCUUCCCGGAGAUGUGAAAAACUGUUAGAUUUUUGUUAUAAUUGUGGUUGUAUUGGUCAUUCGGAGAAGAUGUGUGAUGAAGAAACGGUGAUGGCCAUAUAUGAUCCGGCGUUACCCCGAUAUGGUCCAUGGAUGAGGACAGCUGCUGUGAGGAAAACCAGUGAAGAAUUUCCUCCGGUGGUGCAUGGUGGUAGGGGAAACGACGCGCGUGAAGCCAACAGGCAGUUUUGGCACGUGGGUUGGAAAGGAGGCAAUAUUCGUGGAUCUCGAGCAUCACGCGAAGGAAGGGGAGGGACGUGGGAUCCAAGGAAUAACAGACUGCUGCUUGCUGACGUGGAGGGUAGAAAUGAGGUAACUGAAUCGAAAAUCUGUGAAUUGCUUGAGGAAAAGGCCAAAUUAAAUUCUACUAUAGUUCAUAAGGAAAGAAGUGGGUCUAGUACUAGAAAAGAGAAUUUAAUUAAAAUGGGCUCAACUACUAUUGAUGGGGUCACAAAGGACACGCCCAUAGAAGCUUUGGCAAAGGCUCCGGCUGUUAUUACUCAUAAUGAAAGUUCUAAUGAAAAUAAUAAUGUGACUUCAGAAAGAAUAGUAGUUCUCUCUAGAGAGGACAUGGAGAUUACCAUGGAAAAGAAGAGCAAGCAAACCAUUGAGCCAGAAUUGUCAAUAAACUUAGUCUGCUCGCCAGUAAAAAAGAAGAGGACUCCAAGGAAAUUUAGAAGUUCAAGUAGUAAGAAGACGGGUUCGAAUUCUGAUGGAGCUUUGAUGCCUAGAGCUGUAAGCAGUGAGGAAUGUAAUCGAUUGAAUGAGCAAGGGCUGAAUGGAGUUCCAGUUUUAGUACAUGAGGGUGCUUUGAGGUUUACUGCAGGAGGGGAGCUCAAAGAUCUUAAUCAGAAGUACAGACCCUCCCUUUUAUUCUUAUCUGAAACAAGAAUGAAAAAGGAAAGAGCACUGAGUUUGAGAAUGAGAUUGGGUUUUCAUAAUGGAGUUUGUGUGGAACCAAUUGGUCUUUCAGGAGGAUUAUGCUUAUGGUGGAAAGAAGAUUUGAAAGUUGAGAUUCUGAGUAAAAAAAGACUUAUCUUCUGGGAUGAAUUAAGGGAGGUUGCUGCUGCAAUAAAUGGAGCUUGGGUUUUAGGUGGAGAUUUUAAUGAAGUUUUAACCAGUGAUGAGAAAAAGGGUGGUUUACCUCUUGAGAACAGAAGAGUUAUUCCAUUUCAUGAUGUUAUAUGCGAUUGUGAACUGAUGGAUAUGGGGUUUAAAGGCCAAAGAUUCACUUGGGAGAACAGACAGGAAGCCAAUAUCAAAGAAAGACUUGAUAAAUGUUUGAUAAAUGUUAGAUGGAGAACUCUGUUUGUCAAUGCUCAAUGUUUUAAUUUACCUGCUAUCGGAGAGGAUAUUAACAAUGAAUGGCAGGGACAGAAUGAAGAGAACUGGAUUCUAGAGGUUAUUAAAAGGCUGAAGAAAUGCAAAAAUGCUCUUAUUAAUUGGAGCAAGAAAGCCUUCCCAAAUAACAGAAAAGAAAUUGACGAGCUCAUGAAAGAACUAGCCAAGAUACAAGACAAUAGCUUCAUAUUGGAGGAACAAGGAAGGGUAGAGGAGAAGUGCAAACAAAAUAUUAAAGAUCCAAAACUCAGCUGUAAUUGGGUGGAGAAUGAAGAAGGUAUUGAAAGAAUAUUUCUGAGGCACUUCAUGGAUCUCUUUAGAAGUAGUGGUAGCAAAAAUUGGUAUGAAGCUUUGAGCCAUGUUGACAGAGUUGUUACCGAUGAUAUGAAUGAUGAACUGUUGAGAGAAGUAACAGAGGAGGAAAUCAAAGUUGUUGCAUAUGAUAUGGGAGCUAUUAAGUCUCCAGGUUAUCUUCCCCAAAAGUUGAACAAGACAAACAUUGUUCUCAUUCCUAAGGUUCCAAAUCCAGAAGAAGUUGGUCAGUUUCGACCUAUUAGCCUAUGCAACUACAUGUAUAAGGUGAUUUCUAAAGUUUUAGUCAAUAGAAUGAAGGGCAUGUUAACUGACAUUAUUACUCCUAGUCAGUGUGCUUUUGUCCCUCAGAGGCAGAUACAGAACAACAUCUUUAUAAUACUUGAGGCUUUUCACCAUUUGAGGCUGAAGAAAAGUAAAAAGGAUGUUGAGGUGGGUCUUAAACUAGAUAUGAAUAAAGCAUACGACCGGGUCGAAUGGGAUUUCUUAAAGGAAGUCAUGAAAAAGAUAGGUUUUGCUUCUAAGUGGGUGGAUCUAAUUAUGGAGUGUGUGACCACUAUGUCUUAUGCCCUGGUGAUCAAUGGUAACCUCUCAAAACCUUUUCUUCCCUCUAGAGGUCUAAGGCAAGACGACUCCUUAUUUUUCUUAAAAGCAGAUGCUGAGAAUUGUAGGAGAAUGGCUGGAAUUAUUGAGCAUUAUUGUGAGGCAUCAGGGCAGCAGGAGAACUUCCAGAAGUCUGGUCUCUUUUUUAGCACUAACUGCCCAGAAGAUAUCAAAAGGGAGUGCAGCCAAAUUUUUAACAUUCCAUACACCGAGAAUCCUGGAGAACAGACCAAUAUUUGGGAGCAUAGUUGGAUUCCUGAUUUGAAUGGUGCAACUCUGAAGUACACCCCAGAAGUAGAGGAACAACUCCCAAGAAAGGUGAAUGAGAUCAUGGAUGCAGAAUCUCGAAGCUGGCAAUUGGAAAGUAUAGCUCACAGAAUUUCAGAGGAAGAAGCAGAAGCUAUUUUGGAGGUUCCUAUCAAUGACACGGGCGGAGAUGAUGAGAUGAUCUGGAGACAUGAAAAGAACGGAAAGUUUACUGUGAGGUCAGCUUACCACAUGUAUAAAGAGACUGAGGAUCGAAGAUUAAUCCAGAUGCCCUCCUCUUCACAUACUAUUCCAGAGAAAUUUUGGAAGUUUAUUUGGAGCAUAUUCUGUCCAAAUAAAAUAAAGAAUUUUCUUUGGAAAGUUGGGGCCAAUAUUGUUCCCACAAUGGAAAAUCUGUUCAAAAAGAAGGUUAUAGGAAAUCCUCUCUGUACAAUUUGCAAUGAGAAAGCUAAAACGGUGGAGCACCUGCUUCUUCUUUGUCCUUGGACAGAACAUGUAUGGUUUGAGGGAUGUACAGGACUUAGGAUUGAUAAAGAGAGUAUCACUUGUUUUUCAAGUUGGUGGCUGGAUAGCUUUGAUUCAAAGGGCAUACAGAAGAAUGAAGUCAUGAGAUUGGUUGCAAGAGCUGCGUUUCUUAUCUGGUAUAUUUGGAAGGGCAGAAAUGUUGUACAAUUUAAUGGUAAAAAGCCAAAUGCUGAAGGCUCAGUGAGAAGAGCUGAGAUGGCUUGGAAAGAAUUUGAGUUAGCUAAUUCUGACAAUGCCAAACAGGGAGUCAUAUGGGAAGCUGGAAAUUUGAAAUGGUCUCCUCCAAGCGAGGGAAAUAUAAAAAUCAAUGUUGAUGGGGCUUUCGAGGUGGGUAAAGAAGAGGCAGCAAUAGGGGUGGUGGCCAGAGAUUCAACAGGUUCUACGGUGGCAGUAAUAGGCAGGAAGGUGAAAGCAUCAACAUGUCAGAGGGCUGAAAUGUUAGCCGUCAGAGAAGGGGUCAAGCUGGCAGGAGACAGAAACUGGGUUAACGCAGAACUAGAAACGGAUUCAAAGGAAGCUUUACUGAAUUGUACUAGGGGAGAUGGAGAUUGUGCUUGGAGAGUGGAGCCAAUAGUAAAGGAUAUCAGAAUCUGGUCUGGUGAAGCUAGGGGAUUGAAGAUGAAGUGGAUUCCUAGACUGGUGAAUGAAGCAACAAAUUUUGUUGCAGUUAGUUGUCGCAAGGGGAUGUGCGUGGAUAACUGGGCCUUUAGGCCUCCUUCCUAUUUUGUUUUAAUUCUGGAAAAUGAUGGACUUCCGGGUCCUCCUUAA